AUGGAUUAUUUAUUAGAUCGUUAUAUUUUUGAUUAUUUACCUUUUCAAAUUUCUGAUGAAUUAAAGAAAUCAAUUUCUUCUUCUUCAAUGUCUGUUGUUAAGUAUGCUGAUUGGUUUUGCAAAACUCAAGAUGUUUGGAAUUUCUUUGAAAAUCAUUUUACUUUUUUUGCUGCUGAAAUUUUUUAUUUUUUGUUGUUUGCUUUUACUUUAAUUCAUGCUAUUCGUCUCGGUGGACGUUAUAUUUACACUUGGUUAGGAAUUUCUAUGUUAAUUUUCUCGCAGGAAUAUUUACAACUUGGGAAGCCGAAAUCUGAUUUUCAAUGGCAUUCUCAAGGGCUUUUAAGUUUUUGUGGUGGAAGAAUCCCUAUUUCGCGUGUUUUGGGUGUUCGGCAUGUAGCUAUGUAUUCUGCUGUUGUUUUUAUUGAAAGGGCUUUUAUUCCGGCUUUUAUUACUCCUGCACAAGAAUGUGCUUCUAUGCUAAAAUUUUUAGCUUUUUAUGAUAUGCAAUAUUGUGCAACUUCUAUUUUGGCUUUAAUUAUUAAACUUCCAUACGAUUUUCUUGGAACUUAUUUUCUUUGGUGGACUUGGGAUUUUGGCAAUCCGUUAACUCAAGAGAAAAUUUAUGGUGUUCCUUGGAUAGUUUUUGCUUAUGAUGCUUUUACAAUCAUCAUAUUUGUUUCUGUAUUAAAUCUUACACGACAUUUUCUUCUUGAUGAGACUUACAAUUGGAAAAUGUUUGUCAAAGAAUUCUUUUGUGCUGCUAUUUCCGCCAGUCUUGCUUCAUUACUCGUUUUGGGUUUGCUUGGUGCUAUUUGUCUUUAUGGAAUUUUUCUAUCUACAAGAACAAUAGUGUUAAUUAUAAUUUCUUACCAAAUUUUGAUGGCUAUUCGUUCAAAUAAGCUUGAAAAACACCCUUUCAAUCCUUAUUGGUUUGAUGAACUCUCUUUUGUUGUUUCCAUUCAUUUUAUUUUUCUUAUGAUGUUGGUGGUGUUUUACAAUCCAAUUUAUGUUGUUAGUAGAGGAUUUCAUCAACCUAUUGGACCAUGCCAAGAAAAAACUUCUCUUUUAUUAGGCUCGGAAAUAUUCUCAUUUGCAAAGGGUAUUGAGAAAUCAACCUAUUUUUGUUUGAACGGAACCGGAAGCGAAUAUUUUGAUUUUCAUUGUGUUCCAGGUGGAAAACCUGUUAUUGAUGACGAUAUCGUGGAAUGGUAUACAAUUUGUGGGAAAGAAUCUAAUUAUGUUUAUCAAUGGGAAUAUAUUUAUUUGAUUUGGUAUUUUAAUUUUGUUUAA